AUGAACGAAGCGCUCGACGAGAUCCAAUGGAAGCUGCCGGAGUUCAUCCAGGAGCGCGGGCUCCACACCGGUAACGUCCUCGAGUACUUUGGGUUGUCGCCGUUCUACGACCGGACGUCGAAUAACCAGACCGUCAUCAUGCAGUUCCAGCACCAGCAGGUGCAAAUCCCCCAAGGGAUGACAUUCUACCAGUAUCUCCAAAGCAAGCUUGCCUGGAUGAACGGCGUCGAGUAUGCCAUUGCCUAUACAAGGGAGCCCGACUUCUGGGUCAUCCGCAAACAGCGACGGACGCUAGGAGAGAAGAAGAUUACUGAUAACAACAAUAACGACCCGCCGCCGUCACGGACAGAGCCGCUUGAGGACUACUACGUCAUCGGCGCCAAUAUCUACCAGGCGCCAAAAAUCUUUGAUAUCGUCAGUUCCCGGCUCUUGGCCAGUGUGUUGGCGAUGAAAAACUCAAUGGAACUUAUCCACGAUAUGACCAAAUUCCACCUUCUGGACGGGGUCCACUCAUAUAACAAUAAGCGCCAGCUUCAGGUGGGGUCGGGAGCCCUGGGGCUGCUGGCACCGGGCACUCUGGCACCGAAUAAGACGCUGGGAGCGGCUCUGGGAGCAGCCACAGUGGCGCUGACUCCACAGAUAUCGGGGGGUACUCCCGCCGCCAUUGCCUCAGUGGCAGGCACUAAUAACCCGCUGUCAGCACUGGCAGGCAUCUCGACGCCCUCAGCCAUCGAAAUCACCGCCAGUGCCUUUGAUAAUUUGCUCAACAACGUUGUCCAGCUGUCAAACUUGGGCACUGCUGGAGCCGGCGCCAGCCGCAUCAGCUUCAACGGGAGCAGCGGUGCCACCACCAGUGCCGGCGACUCCCCCACCGAGGCCAGCACCACCAGUAUCUACUUGGACGAUAUCCCCUUAUAUGGUAAAGGGUCGACGGUGGAGAUGUUGGGGCUCACCGUCAACCCCGAGGUGAAACAGCAUGAAUAA